UACUGUCAGUGAAGACUCAGUAGUCAGUACUACUACGUCUCACUCUCAACGCAUUCCUGCAAUUCCUUUCCUUUCCUUUCCUUUCUCUUUGUUUCUCUCUCUCUCUCUCUCUCUCUCUCUCAGUGGAUCCUCAAAUCGGCAUCAUUCUCAUAAUCCUUGUUGAUUCCCAGCAAUGGCGAUCGAAGAGGACAACGAUGACAAUAGUUUCCACUUCUGGUUGUUCGUUGGUAGCUAGGGUUUGAGUGUGGUGGUUGGAGAAGGUGAGAGAGAGGAGAGAAUUAGGGUUUGGUGCUGAAAGCUGCGAACUUUGUGCGUUGGUGCUGUUUUGGGAGUUUGAUAGAUGGCGGAUUGUUCUAGUGCCCAAAGCAUGGCUAUUUGUGCAAGCAAUGCAACUGAUGUGGAUGCUGGGGUUGAUCUGGAGAUCAGUAUUUAUAAAAGUUGUGGUGAUCAUGAGAGUAAUUCUUCAAAGCUAGACAAAAUGGAUGAAAUUGCUGAAGUAGAUGUCCCAUUGGAUGAUAGCAGUGUAAACCAAAUUUCUAGCAUUGAUAUCUCUGAUGACUUUUGCAUAAAAGAUGAAGAGCCUGACUUGAAGACCUUCCAUACAGAUACAGAGAUUACUAAAGCAGAUGGACAGCGGUUUCUGAGUGAAGUGAUUCCAGAUACAGCAUCUUGCGAUAUCGAAACUAAUGAUUGCAAAAACUUAGGAAAAUCUGAGAUGGAUGCUAGUGUUUGCAAGAAAAAUAGUGAUAUGGAACCUGAUGAAGCUGUAACUGUUUGCCAGGAAAGUGGUAAUGUGGAAUGUAGUGAAGCUGUAACCUCUGUUGGUGUUGUAGCAGGGGAGAGACAAGGGUAUUAUCUCGAAGAUACAGUCCUCAAACUCAAGCACUUGGAAUUCAAUAAGAAAUUUGACGGUGGUCCAGAUGAUUUUCCUUCUGAUAGUGUUGGACUCAAAAAGGAGAUGGAAUACAGAACAGCAAUCCAUUAUGAUGGUGCCAAGGAUGGAGAUCAUUGUGCAGAAGGUUUUCCAUCUCCUUGUCUCAAUGCUUUUACAUUUGAAUUAGACGUACAGGAAGCUCAUCCACAUGAUGCAACCAGUGGACCAUCAGAGGCGCUAGAAAUUGUAUCAUGCACGAUUGGGACAGAUCUUGCAAAACCUGACUGCUCUUUCAAAGGGCAGGCAAUCUGCCAUGUCCAAUCAUCUGUGUCCAUACCAGAAGAUAAUAUGUUUCUUCCCAAGGUUUGUGCUAUUCCAGCUACUGAAGCUAUAGAAGAUAUUGACCAAACCAAGUUAGGUAUAACUAGCAGAGUGGAUCAUGAAGAAACUGAGGUUGAUCUUGCUAAUGUGGUUGGUUGUGAUGAGGACUAUGCUUGGUCAUGCAGCAGUGUUACCUCAGAGCCAAUUAUUUUUUUCCCGGAAUCAAAGUUCGCUAGUGAUGAUGAUACAAGGAUUAAAAAGACUCAAGAACUUGGGCUGUCAAUCAAGUCUAAUGUUUUAGGUUUUAAUGUUCUGGAAAUAGGUUCAGGGACUGCAUCAGAUCCCUGUCCUCAACAAAUGGAUAAGCAGAAACCUGAUAAAGAAAAAGCUGCGCAUUGCGCCUUUGGUAAUAGCAGUGAACAUCCUUCUGCAGAAACAGGCCUUCCUUUUGCGGACGGUGAGAAAGAAAAUGAUUUUUUCAUCGAGCCUCUUGAUGAAUUGGAUCACCAUUGUUUUCAGAUUAAGCACAUCAAUGAUGUAAGUGGAUCUCCUUCAGAUGAAUUUGAUCAGCAGGAAGUUCUUCAAAUUCAAUUAAAAGAAUUCACUGUUAGUCAUGCCAGUAAUGGUCUUCUUGAGAAAAAGGUCCAAAUCAGCCAAGUUAUGACAGAAAAUAAGGUUGUUGAUUUUUCUUGUGAAGAAAUAAAAUUGAAUGUCUUAGAUGAAGGUGUCAUGUAUCGUCAGACUGCACAAGAGUUCUUCCUCAGGGGGGAUAUAGCUGGAUUAGGAGGCACAUCAACUUGCACUCAGGGAUAUGCGACACUUGAAGAUUCUAAGACAAGUUGUUCUGUGGACGUUACUAGCCAAAAAGAUGACAUUGAGGGCCACGGAGCCUCCAUCUCUGAUAGAACAAUUCCUUCAGAAAAACAUGUUACUGAUGUACUUGUCCCUGAGGCUGAGAUGAGUGGCCUACAUGCAUCUAUCAGAAACAAAGGUGACAAAUCAGAAAUCGAUUUCAUGGAUAUCUUCGAGGCGCCAUCAUUUGCAACCCUCAUUGAACCUGACAUGCAGCGACCCCCUAAUGAAAUCCAACCGAUGCCGGAGAAACAGCUCACGCGAUCUUCACCUUCAGUGCAUCCAGAAAGACGAAGUGAAGAAAUAACUGCAAGCAUGUCAAACUGCAGUCCUGGAAGACAUUUGGUACCCCUAAAAACUUUGCUUGAUGAAGCUAAUCGUGAAAGCAGACGCAGAAUGCUACAUGCACGAGAUCAUAGCUUGUCCUCAAGGGCCACUAAAGCUCAGGUCUCGUGCCGCAUAUCGGGUGAAUCGACAUCCACAUCGGUCACCAAAUACCAGAAAGAGUGCUUUGUUGGAGUGGAUGAGAAGGGAUGGAAUUCUCCGGCAAGACUUCCAGUGGUGAGAAAGAGAAAUGCGAGAGCGAGACUACCCUGGAGGCCAUUUAUAUGUUGUCCAUCUCUUAAAGAGGGUGCCUACUGCUGAGUAUUACUCGAUCUGAGCACGUUUUAACUGUAUGGAUCUUCAUUCUUCACCAACGCUGCAUCGCCGAAUCUCUGUGGAAUCAAAAUGCAGCAGUGUUACUGGUAAAAGUAUCGUCAUCCUCAUUGUCCUUUCACCCUAGUAUCAUUCUCAAGUUUGUUAUGUAGUUGUUAUUCUUAUUAGAUGUGCUAAUGAUCUCACAUUGGUUGAGUUAGUAAAUGUAGAAAUCUAUGUAUAUGUUUGGUCUCUCAUGUUAUAAUUUAGAGUUUUGGGUUGAAUUGAGUCUGGAUAAUGAUGAGUUUAGUUUCGAU